AGCGCGUCGUCAGUGGCACCGGGCGCGACGAGUGUGUCGGUCGUGUAUCGGUCGGGUCCCAAGCACAGGUCCAACGCACGCGUUCGUGCCGCACCGUCCGGGGGGAAGGGGCCCAACACGCGCCGGUGGUACCGCGUUACGAUUUAACGACGACAAAUAUUGAAAUCAUAUAAUUGUACGAUAAUAAUAAUAAUUAUAUAUUAAUAUUUUUAAUCGUCGACUCGUACGUACGUUUUUUUUUUUUUCGAUUUUUUAUCGCGACGAAAACAAUAAUUAUUGGUAAUUAUUAAUAAUAAUAUUAUAUAUUAUACAUAUAUAUUAUUAUUUUAAAUCAGCGCCAGGCGCGAUAAUGACAAUAAUACGAAAUAAUACGUCGUCGUCGUCAUUAUCGCGGUGACUGCAGCGAUCUGUCGUCGUCGCACCACUCACACGCACACGUUUUGACGGACCGCCGUCGAUAUCAUCGUUACGACGACCGGCGUAUCACACAUCCUCUGCCGUGGACCGAAAUCGCACGCCACAUCGAUCAUACGGUACGACAGCGUAAUAUUAUUAUACUAGCGCGGAACCGGAAGCAGCACCGGAUAUCAUGGAAUCCGCGGCGAAACCGACGGCGGCGUCGCCGAACGCCGGAAGGUUCGCGGACAAGGCCACCGAGAGGCUGUACCAGAGCUACAACGCCAAGCAGAAGCGCGCGGCGUUCGCGUGUUACGUGUCCGCGUCCGUGCUGUUCGACGUGUACUGCCUGUCCGUGUACGACGCCCGGUCGCCGUGGACGUGGUGCCUGCUGGCCGCCAACGUGGUCACUCUGCUGUGGUGCCGGCUGGCCGGCGGCCGGCGCCAGUACUGGACCGCCGUGGCCCACCUGGCCUGGCUGACGGCCGACGUCCAGGUGGUGUUCCACAUGGUGGCCAACGCGGCCGAGGGCGCCGACCUGCUCGGAUGGAUCCUGCUCUACGAUUACCUGGCCUACGUGUCCCUGCCGCUCACGCUGGCCCUGUGCAUAGCCCUGAGCGCCACCACGUGCGUCACUUACGUGCUCACCAUGGCCGUGCUGGGCCGUCAACACGCGUACCUCGCCCGACAGUUGGCCACAAACAGCGUUCUCCUUUUGGCGUCCAAUUGUUUGGGACUCUUGUCCUAUUUCCUGGCCGACAAGCAGCAGCGGACCGCCUUUCUGGAAACCCGGCAAUGUCUCGAGAUGAAAAUGGUCAUAGAAGAACAAUCGACCGAGCAGGAACGGCUGUUGUUGUCCGUGUUGCCGGAACACGUAGCCGUCAAAAUGCGCCAGGAUUUGGGUGAGGCGUUGGACAGUCAAUUCAAAAAGAUAUACAUGAGUAGACACGAAAACGUUAGUAUAUUGUAUGCUGACAUCGUUGGAUUCACGGCCAUAUCGUCUACAUACUCGGCUUCGGACCUAGUAAAAAUCCUCAACGAGCUGUUUGCCAGAUUCGAUCGACUUUCCGAGAAAUACCAACAGCUCAGGAUCAAGAUUUUGGGCGAUUGUUACUAUUGUAUUAGCGGCGCUCCCAAGGAACGACCCGAUCACGCCGUGCUGAGCGUUCACAUGGGACUUUCCAUGGUCAAAGCUAUCAAGUACGUACAACAAACGACAAAUUCGCCGGUGGACAUGCGAGUGGGCAUACACACAGGAGCCGUUUUAGCCGGUGUCCUGGGCCAAAGGCAGUGGCAGUUUGACGUUUACUCCAAGGAUGUGGAAUUGGCGAACAAAAUGGAAAGCAGUGGAAUGCCGGGACGAGUGCAUAUAUCCGAGAAAACUUUGAGUUUCUUAAAUGGAGAGUUCGAAGUCGAGCCCGGUUACGGUGAACGUCGCGAAGAAGCGCUUAAGAUGGCCAGCAUAAAAACUUUCUUCAUCAUAAAAACAAUCAAACCGUUCAAAAUGGAUGUGCAAAACGGAUCGUUGACCGAUCAGAACAGUGCCAGUAAAGAAUCGGUGUGCGCUACACCGAUUGACGACGCCGAUAUCAUGGCUCAGGCCAAAGAGGACUCAGAAAACUUUAAGAAGCGAUUGAGAAAGGACUUGAUGAACAGAGACGGUCACAGGGACUUAAACAAACAUACAAAAUUUUUCACUUUGGCAUUUAACGAUGAUACAAAAGAACGUGAAUACAAAUACCACAAAGAAGCUGCAUCUGGUGUGUCUCUUAUAGGUUGUCCGUUGGUACUUUUUUUGACGUCUUCCGCACAAAUCAUUAUGUUACCCAGAGAUUUUUUAAGCUACAUGUCCAGUUGUCUUGCAUUAGUAUUACUAUUGAUUAUUGUAGUCGUAUCAGUCGCUGACAUUUUUCCAAGAAUUCUGCCAUCAAAAAUUGUAUGGUUCAGUGAGACCAUAAAUGACUCUUUAUGGAUUCGACGUAUACUUGGAAUCACUGCCGCAUCAUUGCUAGCGUCUACCAAUCUUGUGGGACUAGUAUCGUGUUGGUCCGACAAACAAAUACUAACCAACUGCACACAUGGCCAAACCGAUCCAUCGACUUACUGUAUGUAUCCAUCAUAUUUCACUUACUUCAUGGUGUUGGCUUUAAUAGCUACGUCCAUGUUGACUCAAUUAUCGCAUUUCACCAAAGCAACUAUACUGUUCGUCAUUACUCUAAUGCAUUGCAUUGUCAACAUAGUUACAGUAGGAACAGCUAUUGACUGCGAAGAUUCAUUAAUUUACAAACCAUUCAAAGUUUUGCCGUCGAAGUAUGCAUUGUCGUUUCUACUCAUAGCCGUUACAAUGGCACUAAUAUUUUUGGCCAGAAACAUGGACAAAUCUUCAAGAGUUCUUUACCUAUGGCGGACGGAAGUUGAAGAACAGAGGGAAAGGGCUUCAGAUAUACGGAGAAGAAACGAAGCAUUGGUAUACAAUAUAUUACCACCGCACGUAGCCAAACAUUUCCUAGGUAGUUAUAAACGUCAGCACGAAGAACUAUACAGUCAGAGUUAUGCCGAAGUUGGAGUAUUGUUUGCAUCAAUGCCAAACUUUUCAGACUUCUAUUCGGAGGAGACGGUUAACAACCAAGGCCUGGAGUGCUUAAGAUUUCUUAACGAAGUUAUAUCUGAUUUUGAUGCGCUUCUAGAACAACCGCGUUACCAGGAUAUUAUUAAGAUUAAGACAAUUGGUUCAACUUAUAUGGCUGCUAGUGGACUAAACCCUUCGCGUGUUGUAAAGCCUGAAGAUCCUAUUGAAGUUAGAUGGGCACAUCUUGCAUUGCUGGUGGACUUUGCUUUUGAUCUGAAAAAAGCACUUCAAGGGAUAAAUGAACAAAGCUUCAACCACUUUGUAUUGAAAAUGGGAAUCAAUCAUGGUCCGAUUACUGCAGGUGUUAUUGGUGCGAGAAAACCUCAUUACGAUAUUUGGGGAAAUUCUGUGAACGUGGCGUCAAGGAUGGAGAGCACUGGAAAGGCUGGGUGUAUACAAGUAACGGAAGAAACGUGUAAUAUCCUACAACAUUUCGGAUUCAAGUUCGAACAGCGUGGUCUUGUGGCCGUCAAGGGCAAGGGGCAGCUGAUGACCUAUUACUUGGUGGGCAAAGGGCUCCAACCCAGUCAGGCACCACCUCCGAUCAUGGAAACGCUGCCGGAAGUGGAGGAAGAAGACACCGACGAGUGCAUGGUGGUUCGACAGGCGCUGUUACCUCGGACCGAUCACAACGGGUCGUCAACCGCUUCCGGUUGAUGAACAACGCGACAACGAGUUUAAUUAUUAUUUUAUAUUUAUUAUAUUAUAACGAUGACGAGGUCAGCAUGACAUAAAUCAAUGUACAACAAUACAUAUUAUUAUACAUUAUAUAAAUAAUAUUAUUUAAAUUACCCAUUUCCGUUUCAAAGGCCAUACGAGACGUCACUCGAAAACGCCGGCCAUUUCCAUCUACACGCCAUGUGCCCAAAAAUAAUAACUACAAAAUAUAUAGCUGUACAAUAUUAUGUCAUAUUAUUACCUGCGAUAACCUUACUACGAUAUAAGUGUAAUUGAUUGUUAUGUUUGUCAUGUGUUUACGAUCGUACUCAUCAUACUGAUCUAUUCGCUAAACAAGCUUUUUUUAUAAUUUUAUUAUUUCUUAAAUAUUUGUUUCUAUUUACUUAUGUUUCCUUUCUAUUUUUUUUUUUAUCGAUAUUACCACCGUUAUGUUAAACAUACCAAGGCGAUCGUUUAAUUAAACCCUCUGACUUGAUUUUAUUUGUUCAUAUUGAACACGGAAACAAAUGAUUAACAUAUAAACGCAACAGAAAUGUUGUGAUUUUGUUCAAACUUUGUUUUAUGUUUUUGUUUAUUAUAAGAUAUAAGUAAUGCGUGUAUUAUUACUAUUACUAUUACUAUUAUUAUUAUUAUAUUAUUAUUAUUAUUAUUAUGAUUAUAAUUGCUAUUAUUAUCAUUAUCAUGAUCACCAUCAUUGUAUUUAGAAUUAUUUUCAUUUUUUUUUUUUUUUUAUUUAAUUAUUAUUAUUACCUAACUACUGUAAUAUUUACUACCAUAUAUUAUAUAGUUAUUGUUACCGCAACUUAUAUAAUGAGUGCGAUUCACAUACAUUAUACAGAGAUAAUAGUAUAGAACAUAGUAUAACAUUAUAAUAUAGAACAUUAUUGCUAAUUUAUAAUCAUAAUAAUAUAGAGUUGUUAAUAUUAUUUUUCACCGGUAGACGUAUUCACUAUUAUUUUAAUACAGAGAAUUAUUAAAAUUGAACUGCUUAUCGUAAAACCUGCCACUUAAAAUUUAUUGUCAAUUUAACUAAAUGACACGUUGAACAAUAAUGUUUAACAGUUUCGUUUUACUUUAAAAUAAUCCAAUUCUUGGGUAAGUAGGUAAAUCCUACAAAUUAUCACAACUAUGCCUAAUAAGUAAUAUCACACCAAAAUUUAUUUAGUUAUUGAAUAUCUAAUAACAUAAAUACAUGAUAUUAUGCAUUCUAAUGUCGUAAGAAUGAUCGUUCAUCAUAAUAUCGUUAUUAUAUUUUAAUGAUUCAUGUUGUUUAUGUUUUUUUUUCGUAUUAUGUUCACUGGUGUAGGCUUAAAAGUUACUAACUAUUUAGUAUCUACUAUAUAUCUGUCUGCAUCUGACCUAAAUGAUCUAUCAUUCAUAAAUAGGUACUUUUUAUGAAUAUUUUUUUUAUAUAUUCGUGUUAUUAAAAUUUAAAUACAAUAGACUUCACUAAAAAUUAUUAUAAUUAAUUUUUAAAUACUUAAUAGUGUACAACUCCAAUAAUUGAUAAGGUCAACUAAACUGAAAUCGAACUACCUAUCGUUGGUUUUUGGAUUUUCUAAAGCCAAUGAAUGGAAUUUUAUCAUUAUUUUCUAAAAUAUAUUACUUUUCAAUCAACGAUUCAAACUACACUAGUUUUAUACGAUGAGAAAUAAUUGAAAAUAAAAGUACUGUUGCACUCAUUUAAAAAUUUCAUGUUUUUUUUUUUUUUUAAUCGUGUUUAAUUAAUAGUUUAAUUUGUUCACAAAUUACCUAUUAUUGGUUUAAUGUAAUUUUAAUUGAAUGUUUAGAUAAUUAAUUAGUAGUAAGUAAGUUGCUUUUAAAAUCUUAAUGGCUCUUAAGAAGCAUAUUAUAUUAAUUUUUAAUACAUUAUAUUUUGUUUUUGUUGUUUUUGUUUUUGUUUUAUUUUUUUGUUUUUAAUAGUUGUGUAUAAUACAUCAUUAUAGCUAUAAUAUAUUACCUAAACAUAAUUUAUAAGAAAACCAAAUCAAAUUUUAUAUGGUUAUUAAGAUGGUUUUAACGUUACCUUAUAAAUAUUAUUAUUAUUAUUAUUAUUAUUACUAUAGUGUAUCCUUAUUUAUAAUAAGAUAAUGCAUUUUAGACAAUGA